AUGUCAAUCAAAAUUGCAGUUACUGCAGGGGCACUAGCAGGUGCAACACUAGCAGUUGUUAAUAACAAAGAAAAUGUCUUGAAAGGGGCAGAAUAUGUUUUACAAAGAGGAGCUGAUUUUUGUAAGCAAAGAUUAGAGAAGGCACAAGAAAUGAACAUGCACUUUGCUGAAAGUCACGAAGAUAGUGCCUUUGCCUCAGGCUAUUCAUAUAGUGAAAAUGGGGAUUCUACGGGUAGCGAUACACCUGACGAAAUGGAUAGUGACAGGGAUUAUGCUACGACUCCGGACGUAUCUGAUAUGUCGGACUCUUCAGACGAAGAACUCGAUAUGAUUAGUUUGGAUUAA